AUGGGAGUACCAAAGUUAUGGGACUUGGUACAGUCGACAGGUACUUAUGUGGAGUUGGAUGAACUGCAGGGUCAGACACUGGCCAUUGAUGCAUCAAUCUGGUUGCACUCAUUCGUCAAUGCAUUUCGUGAUGGUCGAGGUGAUCCCGAUCCAAACGCUCAUAUACUAGGCUUCUUCUGGAGGAUAUGUAAGCUACUACAACAUCGAAUCAAGCCUGUACUAGUAUUCGAUGGUGAAGCACCCUAUCUAAAGAUGAGAACUAUUGAAGAGAGAAGAAAGAGAAGAGAGAAUAAUGAGGCAUUGAUUGAGAAGAAUCAAAGGAAGAUGUUGUUGUUGAAUACUCUAAAGGCACAGUUGGCCAAGGCUAAUGGUAAUCAGGAUCUGGCCAGUAAGGAUUUGGACAGUUUGGUCGAUGACUUGGACUUUGACUAUGACUUUGAUGACAACAAUGAAGUGGACAGUGAUCUUGAGAUUGUUGAUGACACUAUCAUCCCAGCAUCCAACUCAAUCAAUCAACCAGUUGAUGUUGAUCAACUUGAUGACAACAAUAACAAUAACAACAACAAUAAUAAUAACACUACUCAAACAUCUGAUAACUUGGACGAUGAUGACGACGAUAUUGGUGAUUACAUUGGUGGCAUUGAUGAUGGACAGUUCAUUCAUACAUUCGAACCUGAGGAGAUUGACAAAGAAGUGUUCAGUCAGUUGCCCCAGGACAUCCAACUAGAGGUGCUAAGUCAAAUGAAGCAGGAGAAGAAGGUACAAGAUAGUCUAUCCAUACUCACUCCUCCAAAGACACCGAUAGACUUUUCCAAACAUCAGAUUGGAAGCAUAUUACAAAAGGGUAGACUCACAAGGAAGAUCUCGGAAGUCAAGGACAACAUGGAGCCAGAGAUGAAGUACAUGAAUCCAGAUGGCGAGACGAUCUUUAUACUUCACAAGAGCAACACUGCUCCAUCAUUGGCCUAUGGAUCAUCUUCAUCCACAUCCACAUCUUCAUCCACACCUUCAGCAACAUCAUCUACAUUGAAGACCAAGGCAAUGACACUGAGUGACAAGCUAGCAUUGGGCACACCAAUCCGAAGUCAACAGAAGCCAAAGAGACAGCAGGACGAUAUGUACAAACAACAACAACUGAAUGUUAAUAGUGCCAGCAGCAGCACUCAGUCCUCUCCAUUGUCAGCCAAGCUGAGUAGUAACUUUGAGCUGCUGAUCAAUCGAAAGAUCAGCUCAUUGACUCCGUCAAAGACAUUGGACAAUGUUGUUGGAGAUCGAGAUCAGCCUGUUUUUGCACGUAGUAACACUGCCAGGAACCUUAUCAAUGACCUUGUACAAGCCAAGAACACUAGCAACAUUGAUUCAGCUACAUCAACUCCAAACAAGACACCAACAAAGACUCCAACAACAUCAAAGUCAUUCACAAACGACUUCUCAAUGUAUGACGAUGAUGCCUUUAACUUUGAUCAGCCAUUCGAUGAUGACUACUUUGAUGAAGGUCCGACAACAUCAACGACAUCUACCGCAACAACAACUACUACGACAACGGCAACAUCACAAACGAACACUUCAUCACAAUCAAUGUCAUCAAAGAACAUGGGAAAGGACACAUUCACAGCUGCCAGCCUGGUUUCUCGAGACAAACCAUUGGCAUUCAAAAUAGUUGGUGGUGGAGACAGCACAAGUGGCAAAGAGGCCAACAAGGUAAAUCAUCCAAUUGACCUAUCCGAUGAUGACAAUGAUGGACCAGCGGUGAGCAUCAGCUCACCUGAGAUUGAUUCCAGUCCACAACAACAACAACCGCAAGAUGUUGAUAUUGUUGUUGACAACAAUGACAAUCAACAAUCACAACUAUCUCAAUCUCAAUCGCAACAACAACAACAUCAGCAGCAAGAUCACCAAUUCAAAAAGCCCAAGAGCAAAUUUGAUAAUGUUGAUAUAUUCGACCUUGAUGGGCCAGAUGUGGCACAGGAUCAACAGAAGAACGACGAUGCCAUCACCAUCAAUGAUCAGGAGGACGAUAAGGACAUCAUUGUGGAGAUUGCUCAUGAUGAUGACCAGACAUACGAUGGACAAGCUGUCGGUGACGAUCACAUUGAUGAACAUCCAUUCACUCACACUGGCAAUGACAAUCACAAUGGUGACAACGCCACUGCCACCAGUGCUGGCCCAUCCAAUGGUUUCCAUCAAGGUGCCAGAUUCAACUAUCUGGAAUUGAGAGACUUGGACAAAGAGAGAGAAGAGAAUGAGGAUCCAAAGUCAACGCAAUCAAGCUCAAAGAACAAGUUGAUAUUUGAGUACUUCAACUCGAACGAACGUGAUAGAUUGGACAAAGAGCUGGAGUUGGAAAAGACUGCAACAAUGAACGUCAUCUCGCAAAAGGUCAGAAGCUUCCAAUCAAUCGAUGAUGAGAUGCUUCGUCAAUGCCAUGACCUGCUCACACUCUUUGGCAUCCCAUUCAUCACGGCACCCACCGAGGCAGAGGCACAAUGUGCCGAGCUCUUUAGAUUGGGCCUUGUUGACGGUGUUGUCACAGAGGACAGUGAUAUCAUGCUAUUUGGUGACGCCAAGCUGGUGGUCUACCGUCACUUGUUCCAUCGUCCCGAGCGAUACAUCCUGUCGGACAUUGUGGUCAAGGUUGGACUGAACAGAGAGGACAUGAUCAACUUGGCACUGCUACUUGGAUGUGACUACACUGUUGGAAUCAAGGGUAUUGGCAUAGUCAAUGCGAUGGAGAUCAUCAGCGAGUUCAAUGACCUGGUAGAGUUCAAGACCUUCAUGAAGAGUGCUGCCAAGUCAGACGCUGCUGCAGCCAAACAGAUGAAUGAACGAUCCCAUCUGAAGGGCCUUGUCAAGAAUGUAUUGCUACCGGAGAGCUUCCCUUCUGACUUGGUAAAGUCCGCGUUCUAUAGUCCUGAUGUCAACUCAUCUGACGAGCCAUUCUCAUGGGCAAACCCUGAUUGGGAGUCACUGCGUCGAAUGGCUGUGGACAAGUUUGGAUGGGAGAGGUUCAAGGCUGAGAACCUUCUACAACCAAUCAUGAGGAUUGUAAAUCAACAUGACACCACCGCCACACAACCAAGUGGCAGGGCCAACAACAAUCCAGCAUCUUCACUUCCAUCAAAGCUCAAGAGCAAGAGACUGGCACAGGCCAUAGAGAGGAUAAUCAAGAAGAAAAACAAACAAGAUGGUGAUGAUGGCGAUGGCGAAGGUGAGGUUGAAGGUGAUGCGCCACAGGAUGAGGAUAUGGACAAUGCGCCAGUUGACAUGGAUGAUGGUGGAUGUGAUAGUGUCAAGACAAAGAACAAGAGCAGCAAGAAGAAGAAGAAGAGCAAGACUACACCCAAGCCAAUCCCAAAGGCAACAGCCAAGCCAAGCGCAAGCAAGAAGACAAAGUCACCAAAGAGACCCAAGGAAGACAGUGAUGUUGAAGAGGAAGAGGUGGAAGAGGAAGAGGAUGAUGAACAUGAUGAAGACGAAGACGAAGAGGGAUACAAGGACUGGGUAUCAACUGGCGACGAAGGAUCAGAUAUGGAGGAGCCUGAUAGUGAGGAUGAGAAACAACUUGUGGACACGAGCAAGGUAGUGCCAAGGAGAAGAAAGACAACAAUCACACCGCCCAAGAAGACAGCCAGACGUAAAUGA